UUUAUAAAUAAAAAAUUAUUAUUGUAAAUAUAUUAUAAUCAAACGAGAUCAUGUCGAUUUGCUGGGAAAAGAAGAAACCGAAAAUCUGUAAGGCAAUUAACAUGGAUGGUAUUGUGUCAGAGUUUACUUGUCUCAAAGUGUCUGCUCUAAGUAAGGUGUCACGCAUAUCAGCUAUGGUGGAGAUGAAUCAUACGGUAGACCUGCAGAACAAAGAUAACUCUGACAAGCUAGAAAAUAUUGAAAACGAGCAAAAUUUAUGUAACAUCAAGACUCCACGGAAAACUAAUGUCUCCCCUAAACUAAAUAUUUCUUCAUCAAAUGGUAUUUACUUCUCAAUCAACAAGAUUCAUGUGGAGAAUGAGCUACAAAGGAAAGAGAAUGUCAGGAAAGAAAUUCAACGUCAUGUUGAACAUAUGGAGCAGAAUGAUCGCGCUAUCCAGAAGCAAAUGGCAAAUAUGCGCUCUGCGAUGGCACGUGAACGAGAACGACGGAGCGCAGAAAAACUAGCAUAUAUUUUAGCUGAGGAGGAACGUAUCGCGGAACAAGAAGAGAUCAAAAGACGACAUGAACAGCAAUUGCAAGCACAGCGUGCUGAGGAACGAAAAGAGGAGGUUGAACGGAAGGUGAAAGAGUACCUAAAACAGAAAGAAAAAGAAGAGAUGAUGAACACCGUGCUUAUCAACCGACACCAAUUUUUGAGCACAUAUUGUGACAUCGCACAAUUAUGCAAGACUUGCAAGGAUGAAGAUUUAUUCAACGCGAUUCUUGCGCCAAAUACCGCAAGAAUACAAGAAUUGGUUCAACAGUUGCAAACUUUACAGAAUAAACUCGAAAGCGAAGAAUUAGACGCCACCGAUGUGAAUCUAAGCGAAAUUAUACUCAUUGCCAUUAAUGAAGAGCUAAAUGUAUUUCAGACAGAGAUAGAAAAAAUUAAUAUUCAAUACGAAGCUGAAUUAAUGCAAAAAGCGAAUGAAAUUCAUUGUCCAUCGGUUGUGGAAAUUCAAAACGUUCCAGUUAGCGAUGCGGCAUCUUUUCAACAAUCGGAUGUGACUAAUAAUGUUGCGGAAUUCAAAGAGACUAAAGAACAAAUCUCUAACGUAAUUAUAAAUCAGGAAGAAGCAGUUACGCCUCAACAUGAAAUAGUCGCGCCUCCUGUAUCUGAGACUAAUUCAAACAUAGCACCUAAAGCUUCUGAAUGUAAAAAAGAAAGUCUUUCAGAAUAUGUCGACAAGGAAUCGCUGCAAAUCUAUCUGAAGAGCCGACAAAUUUUAGACCGUUACAAAAGCGCUCACAAAGAUUUCUUGCAAUCAGCCGAUACAAAGAAAUUUCGUUUCGAAUGUCAGAAAGCAAUCAAUAUUCCGGUGAACGCGAUCUCCGGUGUUAGUGAGCAACAUUUGAAAGACAAAUAUAACAGACUGCAAAGUUUUCUGACUGGAAAAUCGUCUCCUAAUGUGAUGCAGCAUCCGCAAGGGAUGACCUACUGUAAGGAUCAUCUGGCAAAGAAAUUGGUCAACCAGGGUGAAACAUUGGUGUCCAGUAAACCGAAAAUGGCAUUCCCCGUGGCAGUGAUCGUCAUCGCUCUCUGGAAUGAACACGCCGAUUUCGGUGACUUGUUCUUGGCGCAUCUUCACGAAGUAUGCCCGUUUAUCGUGCCAAUCUUUCCACAACAACAGGAAGGUCAGUCUAACGAGGAUUACUACAAAUCCCUCGGUUGUAAAUAUUCUGAGGACGGUACCGUCGAAACGCAGGACAAGUUUCUGAAGAGAAUGUCUGGUCUCAUGAGAUUGUACGCGUCGAUUACGGUCACAAGACAGCUCAAGGGUAUAGCCAAAGCUCAUCCUCAUGGUCUUCAACACGCUUGGAGAUGGCUAGCAGUUGUUCUGAAUAUCGCACCGAGAGUUGACAUUUGCAACUUAUGCGCGACCUUGAUACUGGAUAUGCUUGAGGUCGCCGGGAACUCAUUGUGGAACAGUUAUCCGACGCAGUUCCCUAAAUUGCUGACGCUGCUGAAAGAGCAAUACUAUCCAGAAAUGCAGCGAGUUAUGGGCGAUGGUGGCGGACCUCUGAUGCGAUUGGAUGAAUUUCUGAACAACGCUCUCGCGAAUGGUGCUAUACGUCCCGCUGAUGGCAUGCUUCCGCUGAACUUUUUUUGAUCUUACAUACAAGCGCUCCGACGACGUAAAGACCUAAAUAUAGGCUGAAUCUAUCGCGAGUCUAGCAAUGGACUAAGAAACGUCUAACAAAU